GAAAUGUGCGUGAGAAAUGAUAACAAAAAUAGGCAUCAGUUCGAAAUCAGUUCCCGCCAUUAUCUUAAUGGAAAGUGAGUUUUAAAUAUGGAUCCCCAGCGUAAAAAUUAAUGUAUGCAAGGAGUACCACACCCACAGCUCCGCACGCGAAUAAUUUCACUGAGAGCUAUUUGUAUUUAUGGAAUAUCGAAUACAGCUGUCAGCAGCAGGAGGACCCUUGGCGGAAUUUGGCCAUUUCUUAACAACAACAAAAUCAAAAAUCAAUAAAAAUGAAUUUAAAUUGCCGAAAAUAUUCCUCAACGGGCAUAAAUAAGUAGUAUCGCAUAUGGUUCCGCCCGACUGGCUGCGCCAGAAGAGAGGAAAACCCGAGCACUAAGCGUGCCGGCCUGAAAAUUGGAAAAUCCACAAACGAUAAACGGAAUGAGGUGUCAACUAAGCCUACCCCAAAGGACUGAAACGGAAUACGAGAGUUGCUUGUUCAGCAUCUAAUCCUUCACCAAAUUGACGUUUGAUUGCACGACACCCAACCCAUCCCCACUAUCACCUACGUGUCCAGCCAUGAGGAAAGGUAACUUUUCACCAGCCCGAUCCGUGCUCAUGCAUUAAAGAAGGAGCGGAGCCAGUCCGACAGCGACAACAGUCCAACCCGCAGGCAGGCAACCCACACAGACCCACCCACCCACACACACAUGACAGCGUCAGGAGCGGCUGCCCGAACGUGACACAUGGCGAUGUACUUUUAUGCCAGUAAGAUAUCCGCCAUCGCCUGCGGCAUGCGUUGCAAGCAGACCGUGCUGCAAAAAUCGCGCGGCCAGCGGGAUCGCGACAAAUGUCGCCACCGUCGCCGUCGUCGCUGCCGCCACCCCAGCAGUAGCAGCAGCUCCGACAGCGAUGACUGCUGCCUGGAAAACGAACCGCUACCAUCUCUGGAGCCGACAAAUGGUGGCAUUUUCUCUCUGGAUGCCGGCAAUCUGACAGCGGAGACAGCUCUCCUCGGCGUUGGUCCCGGGGCUCUGGGCAUACGCUACAGGCGGCGACACAGCGCCGAGCAGUUGAGUGCUUAUGACUUGGAAAUGGGGUUUCAGCAAAUCGAGCUUGCCGCAAAAUCGGGCGGGCACAACCGCGUGGGUGUCGGUGACGAUGUCGUUCAGUACGAUGUCCCCAAAAAUCGGCACAAACGCAGCCAAUGUGAUAUUAAUUUUGAGAGCUCGGUGCUGGGUUCCGGUGGCAUUAUGUACAUAAAUGGUAGAAUAGUUUCAGGGCCAUUGGACUCCCUGGUCGAGACGCUCAUACCCAAAAAUGUCAUCGACUUAGAUAAGGAAUUUGUAUUCUCGUUUUUAUUAUCGUCACGCUUAUUUCUGCGUCCCCAUGAACUGCUGGGUAAACUAUUGGACUCGGUACCUGAUAGCGAAUGUUUAGAAUCACUAGUAGCCCUCCUGGCCGAGUGGACACUGAAGUUCCCCUACGACUAUCGGGAUGAGCGCAUGAUGAGCCAUGUCAAACAUAUCGUUGCCAGAUGUUCCAAUUCGCAUUUAGAGGCCGUUGUCUCCCAAAUACUGAGUGCCUUACUAAAACGUUUGACUGAUUUAGAGAGACAUGAGGCCGACCUACGUGCUUGCCAACAGACCAACAGCACAGCCGACAAGAACGCAGUCGAAACAACAUUCAACUGUCCAACAGCCACGCAAUACGCACAAAUUGUCUGCCGACUGGAGAAGAAAUUGGCAAAACACAUUGGCGGCGAGGAGUUCUUGCAGUGCAGCAGCAUGAUUCUGUUGGAUAAACAGAAGAAAUGGGACCAACCAUCCACAUCGGGUGGACCACCCGGCGCACAGGAUCCAAAGAAGACAUGCAACCUGGAAACGUAUCUGGAUUGGUCGGCACGUCUCCGUCUGUUUGUUUGCAAUGAGAUACUGCAGUGUGGUGGCAUCGAGGACCGGAGUCGCACCGUUGAGCGGUGGAGUGGCGUAGCCCAGUAUUGUCUGCUUGUGGGCAACUACAACAGCGCCACAGCCAUUCUGGAGUCUCUGGAAUCACCCGCGAUAGCAAGGCUGAAAAUUACGUGGAGCAAAUUGCAAGUGACGUGCCAACAACUGGAUUGCAUGCAGCGACAUGCCGAGGGACAUGGUCAUUUGUGGCAGAAACAGGCAAUCGUCUUAAAUGAACAAGGCCAACCACAAAGUCUCAAGACUGAUAAGCAGGCUAAGGACAAGUCAUCCACAUCAAUAGGAGGAGAAGCAACAUCAACAUCAACAUCAGAAUGUGGAGGAGGAGCUACCACAUCAAUGGACUUAGAUGAGAGACCGUCGACCAGUGCGAGUGUGAUUGGGCAUCCAGUUGGCAUAACAGGCACUUCCGCCAUGAAUGCAAUGUCGGCACCGGAAACAGCGACAUUGCCUGUGGCUGGCAACAGCAAUGCGGAGCAGCCACCAACAUCAGCCCCUGCCACGCCAUUAACUGGAACGGCACUGGGCAAACCCAAUGAUUGGGUUGUUAUUCCAGUGUUUGCGGAUAUUGUUAAAUUGGCACUGGGCGAACGUGAGAACUGCUUGCAGCGCUUGCAAAAUGGCCACAUCAAUAUGGUGGCCUUCGAUCGAAUGGCGGCCAUUGUCGGCGCGUUCACCAAGCACAUGCAGGCGAUGAAAACAGCACAGACGCCUUCCAGCGGGGAGUACGAACACUUUUGCCGGCAUAUGCAGCAAACUACAAAACUCGGUGAAGCGGAACUAAUGAUGGCCUCGUUCGACUGCGAGGAACCCAAUAAUGCUGAAAAGCUAAUGUAUGAUCUAAACUAGCCCUAAGCCGAAUGAAUGUUUUAGUUUUAACGACUAAGAAGGCAUUUAAUGUUACCUAAAGCGACUAGUGUUUGUAUUUCCAUGUAGGUAAACAUUUAUGUGUUAGGCCAAGCACUAACAGACAUUAAUCAGUAGUCCAUAAGAAACUAAGAUCUAAUUAUUUGUAAGAACUAUUGAAACAUACACA